GACUCUUGCAAAAUCUAAUAGGCGAAAUAACCAAAACCGUAACAUUUAUUAAAUGGGCACGAAAACAUAAAGAAUCUGCAAUAUCAUUUCGCGUAUUGAUACAAGAUUGAUUAACCAUGAGCGAAAACGUUGCGUUUAAUUUCUGCCAAGCAAAACCACCUUUGGAUUUCUACAAUGACAUACAACGCACAAACCAACUAUCGAAAACGCAAUACGAGGAACUGUUGGAACAUCUAUUUGCUUUCUUGGCCAACAUUGAACUUGCAAGCGAGCUAGAUGAUAUUCUGAAUCACUUUUCUACUUCACAUCAAGUGGAUAUUAAGGAAACUAAAAACAUGUUUAAAACAUUACUUAUAUUAUGCAAAGAGGCUUCAAAAAACAAGUUAACUCCAGGUCAGUUGUACAGUGAUCUUCUCCAGUUAAAACAAGAGCAAAGUCGUGCUUCAUCGCUUUGCCAAGCAUGGAAAAGAGUUGAAUCCCCAGAUGCUGUUACAUUGCAUCACGCACCACACAGGCUUGUGGACAUGGAGUGGAAAUUUGGGGUCACUGCUUCCAGCAGCGAAUUACACAGAGUUGGAGCAUGUUAUGUGCAGUUAAAGAUGAUUGUCACUAAAGGAACAAAGACAGAAAAUGUUUUAAUGGAACUGACAUUACCUCAAUUCUACAACUUCCUACAUGAAAUGGAAAAAGCAAAGCUGAACCUUGAUGCUACUAUAUCUUGAACAAUGCUCUGUUGAUGUCGCAAAUUGUAAAUUUCCCUCUUGAUUUUUCACUUAAAAGCAUGAACCUGGUUAUACUAUUGUUUGUUCAUGCCCAUUCGUAUAUAGUGCAAUAAUAAAUUUUUUCAUGAAUUGGUA